AUGGCCAACAAUCUUGACUUCAGCUCUACUGCAUCCCAGGCUCCGAGCCUCGGAGUCUUUGAUACGAAAUCUCCACGUACGAGUCAAUUGCCCUAUGCAUCAGACUUGACGGAGGUAUCAUUCCCUGCUCAUUGCCAUUCUACUCUUCUUUUCCCGCCGAACGGCCAAUUUCUCUCUCCAGCAGGCUGGUCAGCUCAACAUUUACCUCCGUUCAACACUACUUCGUUCUGGGCUCCAGAGAGAGGACGACCCGUCGGUGCUGAGUGCCCGUCGGGUGAACUGUACCAUUCAAGGUCCGACAUAUCGUACGGCAGUGCCAUCUCACCUCAUCUUUUUGCGCACGACCAACAGAGUGAAGCGAUGAACCCGAGGAAACGGAAACGAUCAUCUCCGUCCAAAAGCUCGAAUAUCCGAACCCGUACUAGUCAAGUACGUAAACGGGGUCCCAGCAUAACAGAGCUCUUGCUAAUACCCAAUGCAGGCUUGUACGCACUGUCGAGCGAGGAAAGUAAAAUGCAGUGGCACACCAUGCACCAGGUGCUCGGAAUCCAACCUCGAAUGCAAAAGUUCCAUUGA